UCAUCCUCACAUUUAUGCAUUCAAUUUAAGAUUAAAUAUGUCUGCAGAAAUUAACAUGGAGAAAGUUGAUUCCAAAGAAGAAGAAGCAGCCGCAAGAGAAAUCUGGAAAUAUGUUUUUGGUUUCACUCCAAUGGCUGUGGCUAAGUGCGCCAUUGAGCUCGGUAUACCCGAUAUCCUCGAAAAACAAGAAACCCCAAUGCCACUUGCUGAACUUGCAUCGGAGCUCGGGUGUUCAUCAUCCUCACUGUAUAGGAUCAUGAGGUUCUUAAUCCAGUAUAAGAUAUUUCAAGAAAAACCCAUAUCAGAAACAUCCCUAGGAUAUGCUCAAACAUCUUUGUCCCGGCUUCUAACUAGGCGUGGAAAGCAUAGUAUGGCCGAUUUUGUGCUUUUAGAGAGCAGUCCGGUGAUGUUAGCACCAUGGCAGAAGCUAAGUGCUAGGGUUUUGAGCAACAAAAACUUGCCUUUUGGGGCAGCGCAUGGGGAUGAUGUAUGGAAAUUCGCAGCAGCGAAUCCUGGACAUAGUAAGCUUAUUGAUGAUGCAAUGGCUUGUGAUGCUCGGGUGGCGGUCGGGGCGGUGAUUGAGGGUUGUCCGGAGGUGUUUGAGGGGCUGAAGACGGUGGUGGAUGUUGGUGGUGGUGAUGGAACGGCUCUACGAUUGAUUGUUGAGGCUUGUCCAUGGAUCAAAGGGAUUAAUUUCGAUUUGCCUCAUGUAGUGUCGGUGGCUCCCGUAUGUAGAGGUGUAGAACAUGUUGGAGGUAACAUGUUUGAUCAUAUUCCAAAAACUGAUGCUACUUAUCUAAUGAAAGUACUCCAUGACUGGGGAGACCAUGAAUGCAUCGACAUACUAAGAAAAUGUCGAGAGGCUAUUCCUCAAGAUACAGGAAAGGUGAUCAUUGUAGAGUCAAUUGUUGGACUUGAAGAAAACCAUGACUUUGAAGACGUGGUAUUGAUGCUUGACAUGGUGAUGAUGGCUCAUACAAGCACCGGGAAAGAACGAACUUUAAAAGAAUGGUCUUACGUGUUUACUGAGGCUGGAUUCACUCGUUACACUAUAAAACACAUUAGAACUUAUCAAUCUGUUAUUGAAGUUUAUCCAUGAACCUCGGUCUUUUAAUCUUCGUAAAUAGUUUUUAUUUGAGAAUGACCUCUUUGGUUUUGAUGUUUGUAAUGAUGUUUUGUUUUCCAAUAAAAGUGUAACUUGUUUUCUAAUA